AUGUCAACUGAAACGAAGGCGGACGCUUUCCGAGAAAGAAUUAUAUUAAACGUGGGGGGCAUAAAAUAUGAAACAUUUCGUUCUACAUUGAUAGCUUAUCCGGAAACAUAUUUAGGUACAAUGUUUGCAGACAGGAAUCGGGAAUUAUUACGUCCAACAAAUGAAAAUGAAUAUUUCAUAGAUAGAGAUGGUGAAUUAUUUAGGUAUAUUUUACAGUAUUAUCGUACAGGGAAAAUUCAUUUCCCUCCUUCUAAAGAUAAUAAAUAUUCUCAAGAGGAAAUCUGUACAGAAAUCGAUUUCUUUCAACUUCCCAUUUUCCUGCAUACUCAACAAAUAAAAUUAACGUUGUCACAAAGAGCACAAAAGGCGUCGGCGAAAAAGGUAGAUGAAUUUGUAAAUGCUUUAAUACAAUUACCAAAAGAUUAUGAGACUUAUUGGGAUGAAUAUGAAAAAUUGGCUCCAUACAUUAAACAUAUUAGGCCUUAUUGUGGUGUAGGUUAUGAUAUUUUAGAAAGAUUCAAUAAAGAAAUUGGUAAUUUUCUUAAAAAAGAACUUGGCGCGGAAUUAGGUUGGAUAGUUGAGAAACAUUACAAUGAUGUUGCUAAGAUGGAUUAUUAUAGGGUUAAUAUAACUUUAGCCGAAGACUUCUAUGAUACGAAAAAAAUUUUACACUAUAGUGAUCUUUUAGAAUGA